GGGGAGGAGCCCAAAGGGAUUGUGGGAGGGAGGCGCCUUCCUUUCCGUCUGGCGGCAGCCAUCAGGUAAGCCAAGAUGGGUGCAUACAAGUACAUCCAGGAGCUGUGGAGGAAGAAGCAGUCCGACGUAAUGCGUUUUCUCCUGAGGGUCCGCUGCUGGCAGUACCGCCAGCUGUCGGCGCUGCACAGGGCUCCCCGCCCCACCCGGCCGGAUAAAGCGCGCAGACUGGGAUACAAGGCCAAGCAAGGGUAUGUCAUAUACAGGAUUCGUGUGCGCCGGGGUGGCCGCAAACGCCCAGUUCCUAAGGGUGCAACCUAUGGCAAACCUGUCCAUCACGGUGUUAACCAGCUCAAGUUUGCUCGAAGCCUUCAGUCUGUUGCAGAGGUAAAUGGUUUUGAGUAG